AUGUUUGGAAAACCAAAAGCAUACGAUCCUACCAAACUUGAGAUUCAAUUUCGUGUCAUGAACGCAGAACUCAUCACCGCAAAAAAGAAACAACAACAAAUUGUUGAUGUUAAUCAAAGAGGAAUUAAAAACGAUGUCUUUUCUAAAAACAAACAAGGAAUAUAUGAUAAAGCAUACAAAAUUUCUGAUGCAAAGGCAUACAUGAACUCAUGCGAUAUGAUUCUCGAUGCAAUCAAAAAUAUCAAAGAAAACAAAAACGAAGCAGUAGCAUCCCGCAGCGGUCCAUCCCCAUCUACAGAAGAUUCCUUUAGGAUUAUUUGCUGCUCAGCUAACAUUCUUAAGCUUGAUUCCUUUAAGAAAUUUGUGACGGCAGUUUCAAAGGAAAUGUUCGAUAAGAAGGUUGCUCCUGACUUACUUGAUGUAAAGAAGUGUGAUGAUCGUGUUAUUACAGGACUUUCAGGUGGAUCACAUGAUGAUGGAGAAAUUAAAGCUGUUAUUCGUGAAGCAGCUGAAGCAUUUUCAACAGUAGAUGCUGCUGAAAAGGUUCUCGGCUUUAGGCUCUCUGAUGAUGCACCAGAACCAGCUCCAACUCCAAAACAAGCUCCAAAGCCUACAAACAACUAUGCUCCUCAAACAAACUUCCAUACAGCUGAUAUUUCCCUUCAAUACCCAUCUGCUCCUAACGGAACUGGUCAAUUGACAACAUCUCUUCCAGAACAAGUUUGUCAGCAUCCAAAUCUCUUUGUUUGUGAAGAUUUGGAGCCAGUAGACCGUUCAAUGUGGGAUGCAAUCUUGGCAGAAGUCAAAGAAGCUAUUGCUUAA